AUGGCGGACCUGGAGGCGGUGUUGGCGGACGUGAGCUACCUGAUGGCCAUGGAGAAGAGCCGCGCCGCGCCCGCCGCCCGCGCCAGCAAGCGGAUCCUGCUGCCCGAGCCCAGCAUCCGCAGUGUGAUGCAGAAGUACCUGGAGGACCGGGGGGAGGUGACCUUCGACAAGAUCUUCACCCAGAAGAUCGGGUAUCUGCUCUUCAGGGACUUCGCCUUCAACCAGGCAGAGGAGGCCAAACCCCUGAUGGAGUUUUAUGAGGAGAUCAAGAAGUACGAGAAGCUAGACUCGGAGGAGGAGCGAAGUGCCCGCAGCCGCCACAUCUUCGACCAUUACAUCAUGAAGGAGCUGCUGGCCUGCUCCCACCCCUUCUCCAAGAGUGCCACCGAGCAUGUCCAGAGCCACCUGACCAAGAAGCAGGUGCCCCCAGACCUCUUCCAGCCCUACAUUGAGGAAAUCUGCCAGAACCUGCGUGGGGGCAUCUUCCAGAAAUUCAUUGAGAGCGACAAGUUCACCAGGUUCUGCCAGUGGAAGAACGUGGAGCUGAACAUCCAUCUCACCAUGAACGACUUCAGCGUUCACCGGAUCAUCGGCCGCGGCGGCUUCGGGGAGGUCUACGGCUGCCGGAAGGCAGACACUGGCAAAAUGUACGCCAUGAAGUGCUUGGACAAGAAGCGCAUCAAGAUGAAGCAGGGCGAGACCCUGGCCCUCAACGAGCGUAUCAUGCUGUCCCUCGUCAGCACAGGGGACUGCCCCUUCAUCGUCUGCAUGUCCUACGCCUUCCACACGCCCGACAAGCUCAGCUUCAUCCUCGACCUCAUGAACGGAGGAGACCUGCACUAUCACCUGUCCCAGCAUGGUGUCUUCUCAGAGGCAGAGAUGAGGUUCUACGCAGCCGAGAUCAUCCUGGGUCUGGAGCACAUGCACAGCCGCUUCGUGGUGUACCGGGACCUCAAGCCAGCAAACAUCCUCCUGGACGAGUUUGGGCAUGUCCGCAUCUCAGACCUGGGCCUGGCUUGUGACUUCUCCAAAAAGAAGCCCCAUGCCAGUGUGGGCACCCAUGGGUACAUGGCACCAGAGGUGCUGCAGAAGGGAGUGGCCUACGACAGCAGCGCCGACUGGUUCUCACUGGGCUGCAUGCUCUUCAAACUGCUCCGGGGGCACAGCCCCUUCCGGCAGCACAAGACAAAGGACAAGCACGAGAUCGACCGAAUGACCCUCACCAUGGCAGUGGAGCUGCCAGACUCCUUCUCCCCUGAGCUCCGCUCCCUGCUCGAGGGACUGCUCCAGAGGGAUGUUAACCGCCGCCUGGGCUGCAUGGGGCGUGGGGCUCAGGAGGUGAAGGAGGAGCCCUUCUUCAAGGGUCUGGACUGGCAGAUGGUUUUCCUGCAGAAGUACCCACCGCCCCUGAUCCCACCCCGUGGUGAGGUGAACGCGGCCGACGCCUUUGACAUCGGCUCCUUCGACGAGGAGGACACCAAGGGCAUCAAGCUGCUGGAGAGCGACCAGGAGCUGUACCGCAACUUCCCGCUGACCAUCUCGGAGCGGUGGCAGCAGGAGGUGACCGAGACGGUCUUUGAAGCUGUCAACGCCGACACCGACAAGCUGGAGGCUCGCAAGAAGGCCAAGAACAAGCAGCUGGGCCACGAGGAGGAUUACGCCAUGGGCAAGGACUGCAUCAUGCACGGCUACAUGGCCAAGCUGGGCAACCCCUUCCUGACGCAGUGGCAGCGCCGCUACUUCUACCUCUUCCCCAACCGCCUGGAGUGGCGCGGGGAGGGCGAGUCACCGCAGUCCCUGCUGACCAUGGAGGAGAUCGACUCAGUGGAGGAGACGCAGGUGAAGGAGCGCAGGUGCAUCCUGCUCCGCAUGCGGGGGGGCAAGCAGUUCGUGCUGCAGUGUGAUAGCGACCCAGAGCUGGUGCAGUGGCGGAAGGAGCUGCGGGAUGCCCAGCGCCAGGCCCAGCAGCUGCUGCAGCGGGUGCCCAGGAUGCAGAACAAGCCUCGCUCGCCCGUGGUGGAGCUCAGCAAAGUGCCCUUCAUCCAGCGCUCUGCCAACGGGCUCUGA